CCCCUUCCAUGAUGACGUGUCCAUGCCGCAGGGACAGCCACCAUUGGCUCCUGCGUUGCCGGUUCGUCUAGGUUCGCUCCACACCUUUAAGACCUGGGGGCCGAAUGCGUCUCCCACCCCCCGACAGCUGCCAAGAUGGCGGCUCCCGGGGAUGGGGGCGGCGAGAGCGUGGCAGCGGCAUCGCCGCCGUCUCCUGCUGAGGGAGAGCCCCCCGGACCGGCCGCCGCCCGCGGGGCUCUCCACAGCGCGGCGGCCGGGGAGAGGGUUGGCCUGCUGGGACCUGGGUAUCUCCCCGGGGCGGUCGCGGCCAGGGGUGACUUGCUGGGUCCGCUGGAGCCUGAGGAGGACGGGGGCCUGCUGGGCCCCCUGGAGGCUGGAUCUCCCACCGAGGAGGGAGCGGAGGUGCUGGCGGUGACCGAGGUGCUGGCCCAGAGCCUGGCCGCCAGCUCCUCUGCCGUCGGCACCACUCUCUACCUGGAGCCGGGUGGGAGCCUGGUGCAGGGGGCUGAGCUGAGCGCCGAGGAGCGGCUGGUGGCGGCGACCGAGAACCAGGCCGUUGGGCUGCCGGGGAAUUUGCCGGCGGAGAAGAGUCAGGCCGAGCCACUGGCUCAGCUUCCCGGCCAGCAGGCCACAGCGACGCCUCUGGCCCCCGAGGAGCUGCAGAGGGUCAUCGAACAAGUGAGCAGGGCCCGAAAGCAGCCUCCACCGUCUCUUCUUCCCUCCUCUGGAGCUGGCAUUGGGUCCUUAUUGUUGCCUCCUCACCGAGGUGGAGGGUACUCGCUACCCCAGGAGAUUAGCCUCGUGCCCCCAGCAUCAGGGUUCAGCAGAUCCCCACAGGGCUGUAGCCUGACUGCUGCCUCCGGGUCCCAGCCAGUGACUAGUAUCAUGCACAAUGCAGCACAGCAAUUGCAGAAUGUGGCCCAGCAGGUUGCCCUUCAGCAGGGCAAAGCUAUCGGUACCACCAGGUGCCUUGUACACAAGCAAUUAGAAGCCAUUUGUGUUCAAGUGCAGCCGGGGCAGAUGAAGGAAAAUGAAAAGCCAGUGCCACCUCUUGCAGAAGUCCAGUCCAAAGCUAUAACACCGAGUCAGCCAGUUGGUAGGAAUUGUGGUCUGUCUAGACUUAAUAUUAUUAAUCCCCAGAUUAUUAGGAUACAGCCUGUAACAGGAACUGAGCAGCAACAGUUUUUCUUGCAUAGUUCUUCUGAGCCUCCAGUUCAGCUACUUGUGCAGAGACCGUUAGCCCCUGAUGGACCAGUGUCAGUAAAUAAGAUUCCCACACACCAGACAUUGAAUGGACAAAAAACUACAUGUGCCGCAGUGUCUGCUACUGAGUCUCAAAAUGUUACUUUGGUGGCAGCCAGUUCAGCAAAUACUCUUAUCUCGAGCCUUGAGAAAAAGCAAAAAGAAGAACUAAAGCUAAAAAAAUCUUUGAAAGUGAAGACUCGUUCUGGACGGAUUUCACGUCCUCCAAAAUAUAAAGCGAAAGAUUAUAAAUUCAUUAAAACAGAGGAUUUGGCCGACGGUCAUCAGUCUGAUUCUGAUGACUAUUCUGAACUAAGCAUAGAAGAUGACGAUGAGGGGAAAGCAAAGGGAACGGAUGCAUUAUUCGAUCCUUUGAAUUAUAACCUGAAGCCCAAAAUGUUUAAAUGUCAGACUUGUGAAAAAUCCUACAUAGGAAAAGGAGGAUUAGCACGACAUUAUAAACUUAAUCCAGGUCACGGACAAUUGGAGUCUUCACAGCAAAAAGUUUCUAUGAAUAAAACUAACAGAAGUGUGUUUCUGGAUAUUUCUGGAGGAGCAGAAGAUGAAACUGUGAGUCUGACACUCUCGCAACCAAUUGCUGUCACUUUAAAUAAUGAAAAUUCGCUAGCUAUUGGUUUGGAAGAAACUGCUUCUUCACAGAGUGAGCAACAGACUGGUAAAUCUGCAGCAGACAGACCUUUGUUGGCAGCACAACAAAAUGAGACUGAUCUAGUACAUCAGGGACCUGGAAUGCCAAAUGGACCUGGAAGACCCAGACGACCUAAAAGACGUGGCCGACCGAGGAUGACUGGAAGAUCAAUUUGUUCGGGAAGACUUAGUAGACCUGGUCGGUCUCCUUCUAAGUCGCUUAGUAAUGUGGCAACAGAACACAUCAUAUUUAGAAGAAAGGCUGGACUAAAAGAGCUAAUCCAACAAUGUGACAAUGAAGAUUUAAUGGAGCUGGCCCUUCCCCGCCUGACAAAGCUUGUUACUGUGUUUGAAUUUCUACUGAUGAAGGUUGAAAAAGGUUACCCAGCAAAAGCCUUUUUUCCAGAUGUUUAUAGAGAAUUUGAAGAGUUACAUAAUAUGGUAAAGAAAAUGUCUCAAGACCAUUUCAGUAAUUCUGAUUUUCUGAGUUAUCAGCAACCUGUGGAAAUAAAAGAUCCCAAGGUUGCUGAAUCACUAGGAAUUACAGAGAAGCUUCUUGGAAAACAAAAGUUACAAGCUAUAGACUCCUCCACACAAUGUAUGAUUAAAACAGUUGGUGAACAAAUGUUUACAGAGAUAUCAGGGAAAAAACGAGCAAAUGAGAGUUCAUAUGAAGAACUGUUGCCAUCAGCUAAAAGGACCAGAGUAGAAGGCAUAUUGGAGAAUGUGAAAGAUGUUUAUGCUAGCCAAAAUGGAGAAGAGGAAAAGAGCUGGAACUUGUCUACACUGACUACAGAAGACGUGUCUAGGAGCCCCUAUCAUGGACCAGGAUCCCAUUGUACUAGGGACUGUACAAACACCGAAAAGACAGAAUGUGGGGCAGAGUGUAGAGCAAAUCAGUGUUUUAAUCCACUAAAUGGGGUGUCUGUGCUUUCCGAAGACAGCGGUAUUACUCCUAGCACAACUGGAAGUGCAAAGCAUACAGGUGAGCAACGUAAACCAUUUGAUUUAGAAACUAGAACUAACUCUGCAAAUUCAGAUAUCUUUCAGUCCAUGAGAAUGGAAUGCUCUCAACCCGUAAGUAUACAGGGACCAGAUAGUACAAGUAACACAUCUCCACCAUGUACUGAAGUACUGUUGCAUGCUGAGGCAGAUAACUCACCAGAAGAAUUUGUUCAAGCACAUUUUGUAAAUGAGAACACAGCAGGUGGACUGACAAGUUCUGAAUUUUGUAACUGCAUGGUAUCAGAAGAUGUGAUUGAUAAUCAGAGUACCAACUUGUCAAUGAAUGAGGAAAGUGAUCAUAAUGGAAAAUAUCAGAAACUUCAGCAAGAUGAAGAAAACCAGAGUUACACUAAUACCAGUGAACAGUCUGAACAACUUAAUGAUGCCGAUAUUGCUGAUCAGAUGCAGCAGCUUGAAAAAGUCUUUUCAACAAGCAUUGUGCCAGUAGACCAUUCAUACAAGACUCAAACUGACCCACAUCAGAAUCCUGUACAGGAAACCUCCAUAUCCAUUCGGGAGAAUCUUGAAAGUUCAAUUAAAAACUUGAAUGAAUUCUCUUGUGGGCUAGAGGAACAACAUGCUGGACAACAUGAGCUAGCAGUUACUGUAGGUGAAACUGUAGCCUUUGAGAUUGCUGAUGAGAGCCAUGAAUUCUUGUCUCAGGGACACGAACAGAUCUUUAUUCAGACUGCAGAUGGGCUUAUUCUAUCUCAUCCAGGUACUGCUGUUCUGUCUCAAGCAGAAGGCAUUGUGAUUGUAACUAAUGCUGACGGUACUACAAUGCACAUUCGCACCCCUGAGGGGGUUCCUUUGGAAACUGUGGAAGCACUACUGGCAAUGGAAGCGGAUGGCCAAAGUGAAGAUAUUUUGCUCUCGCAAAGUGAAGUGGAGCCAUAAAUAUAAACACUUGUUUUAUUUAUACAUGCUUUCUUCUGGAAAAGACUGAUCAUAUCAAAUGUAUAUUUUUCUAAUGUGAAUAUUGAAAUUAACUUAUUUGUAAACAUUUCUAUGACAUGUACUUUUUUAUAACUUAUGUUCAUAUUAGCAGUAUUGCAACCAAAAAUUCUAAGGAAUGACUUUUGAUUCAACUUGUGCUCUUAAUUGACUGUGUGUGAGGGGACGUGUGGAUACCUGUCAACCUUAGUUUUGAUGCACUGUUACCUUUUUUGUUAUAUACAGUUUUACCCUUUGGCCCAACAGAAAUGCAAUAUAAUGUGUUGCACUGCCUGUUGUCAGUGAUAUGCUGUAUACUGGCAACCUGUACAUGGGCAAAAUAAAAACAUUAAAAGGAGCUGUA